AUGGGUCGGCUUGAAAGGAUAUUGGGCUUGCCACUGGUCUGGAUGCUGUGUUGCAGUUGGCUGCCCACCAGUGGCCAGGCUGUUGACACAACAUGGCCUCCAACGUCGUCGGCGCCGCCCCUGGUCAUCAACCCAGCCGAGGAUUCGGGGCCCACACCGUGGUACAAAAGCACGGUACUGGUUGUGGUGGCUGGCGUGCUUGCAGUGCUACUGGCACUGGCAUUGCUCCUGGUACUGUUGUGCCCAAGUUGUCAGAGGCCGCGCCCGGCUCGCGUCGAGCGGAUGGACGAGCAAGCGCGCUGGGAGGCCUACUAUGGAAACCCUUGGGCUCCGGCCGGCGCAUCUUCCGAAGUGCAUUUGAAUCCUCUAUCUUCAGACCCCCAGACACCUUCUCAUCGGGUGUCCACACCCUCGUACACCUACAUGCAUGGCUCCUCCCGAGCGACGCGUGCCGCUUGGAUGGCCCAGCUCGACACUGACGAAGGGACGACGACGCGCCCCGAUGACCGCCCAAGUGGGCCCACCACACGCACGCCGAGUCCUCGAGGCUCCUUGGAUGCAGCCGUCUUCCACAAUGUCACAGCAGCUGUAUCACUUGCAGGCCCGCGCCAGGUUCGUCGCGUGGUGAAACGCACGAGCGUGGCGAGCGUCGAUGAGGACACCUUGGCCAUGUUCAGCCCCGUACGUGUUGACGUGGGUCGAGCCGAGGCCGAUGAGGUUGGGGAUGCUGAAGCCGAGGAAUUGGCGUUUGACCCCCGCGACAGCUACUAUCGGAACUCGCCUUCUCCCGAGGACUGGGAGCUCGAGCCAGACGAUGCUGAAGUGACCGAUAUCAUUGAGGCUCCACCGCGGUCCCGUCCCACUUUCACAGCUUUCCAAAGCACGGGAGACCGAGAUCGCACACGUCUCGAUCCAUUUUUGCCUCUUGAUUCUUGGGGUCGGGCUGCUGAACACAGCCGGGCGGUGCGGGGAGAUGCUGCAUUCGCAAACGACUUUGGUGGGCAAGACCAUCAGCCCUCAAGUGAAAGCCUGGCACCGCCGGCCUUUGAGGCUCCCUACGCCACCGCAGACGAUUUCGCGUGGAGUGAAACGGCGUUUCAACUUUGA